GUGUGCCUGUGAGCAUGGGACGCAGCGCAGCAGUCUAGACAGACAACAUGAGUGGAGUCCAAAUUUUUCGGGCCUUGAGAUUCUCACUGAGAGCUCCUUGAUGCAAUUAUUAAGAUGGAGUUACAAGGAAGUCAUGGAUAAAUCCAUGAGCUCAUCAAAUGGAAAAAAUUGUAUGGAAAACCCAAGGAUAAUCAGGAUUCCUCUUAGAAUAAUACUAAAUAUAAUGCUAGAAACACUUGGUGUUUCAAAGGCUGAGUACCGACUGCAUCUAUGCGAAGAUAACAAAGUCCGUGUAACUGUUAUAUUCAACACAUCUACCCUACCAGUGGAAGGUGCUCCUGUAUAUCUCUCGAUGUCUGGAACAGAGUCUGAGAGCUAUGAAAUAGCAGAAGAUUCUGCAUGCGUUCAAGCCAUAACAUAUGUUGAGGAGGCAACCAACACGGUCAUCAAGGAUUUAGGUUACGGACGGCUGCUAGAAGUAAAAGGCCAGAACAAGAUCCUCUUACGUAAGCUAAAAAAGGCUCAUGGAUACAAGAAGCAGCUUGCUAGGGGUUGGUUUCUUUCUGUGAGGCGUAUGGCUUCAUUCUCUAAAUUCAUUCUCUAAACAAGUGCUCAAUAUUACACACCUUAACUAUUCUGGUGGACAAGACUCUGUUGACACGGUUUGGAACAUACAUAUCUUCACUAAAAUUUCUGUAGAAUGUACAUACAGACCCUGUUAGCUUAUGUAAUU